AUGUUUUCAGAUGAUGACAUUUUUGUAAGCAACAAGAAAUAUAAUUUCGCUAAAGGACUUACAAUGUUUGAAUCAAUAUAUUCCAAGGUGAUUCAGGUUGGAAUAGAAAUUUGCGGAUUCAGAUGUUGA